AUGGUCGGCGAGAGUCAGGACAAGAGAUCACUACCGAAUGGAGUCAAAUUCGUCACCGGUGGAUUGGCUGGUAUGGGAGCGACGACAAUCGUGCAGCCGCUGGAUCUCGUCAAAAAUCGAAUGCAACUUUCGGGGAAAACCGGCCAAAAAGAAUUUCGUUCCUCAUUUCACGCACUUUCGACAAUUCUCGAAAAAGAAGGCCCUCUCGCUCUCUACAAUGGACUCUCAGCCGGACUUUUGAGACAAAUCACUUAUGGGGCGACUCGACUCGGCGUUUACUCGUACCUCUUUGAGCGGAUUUCUGGUCCCUCCGCUUCGAAUCUCUCCUUUGCGGCGAAGGCCUCGAUUGCGAUGUCGGCCGGUGCAGUGGGCGCUUUUGUGGGGAAUCCAGCCGAGUUGGCGCUGAUCAGAAUGACAUCAGACGGUCGUCUUCCCGUCGAGCAAAGGCGCAACUACCAUAACGUUUUCGACGCCCUUGUUCGCAUCACCAAAGAAGAAGGACCACUCGCCUUGUGGAGGGGUUCUGGACCGACAAUGUUGCGAGCGAUGGUGGUCGCCGUUUCCCAACUCGCCACCUAUUCACAGGCGAAACAAAUGCUUUUGGAAUCGGGAACUCUUCAGGACGGUUUAUCGUGUCAUUUCGUGGCCUCGAUGUGCUCAGGACUUUGUGCGACACUUGCCUCGAUGCCCGUCGAUAUGGCCAAGACUAGAAUGCAAUCGAUGCGCACGAUCAACGGAGUGCCCGAGUACAGGAAUGCGAUCGACGUUUGGCAGAGGGUUAUCCGAAACGAGGGUGUUCUCGCUUUGUGGAAGGGUUUCACCCCAUACUAUUUCCGUCUUGGUCCACACACCGUUCUUCUCUUUAUCUUCCUCGAACAGCUCAAUAGUGCGUACUCGAGAUUCGUUCUCGGUGUGGAAACUCGUCGCACGAUC